AUGGCGGACAAAGGUCCAACGGCGACGGAGUCGGCCCAUCAACCGCCACCUUCUGAGAGCGGGACACGAACCCCGCAGGAUGGCGGCCACGCGCCUCCCGACGGGGGUGCGGCUCCUCCCCCUGCCGGCGACGCUCCCAAGUCCGAUCAACCACCUCCCUCGACUGUACAACCAGACGCCAAGGCCUCAAAAACAAACCCCGUACAACCAGACGCCAAGGCCUCAAAAGCAAACCCCGUACAACCAGACGCCAAGGCCUCAAAAACAAACCCCGAUUCCUUUCAAACACCCCGCAAUACCGACCAGUCACCUCCAGGGGCCGGCCAGUCACAUCCAACGGUCGACAAAGACCACGACACAUUUCAAACAUCCCCCGGUACCGACAAGCCACCUCCAGCUGGAGAUCAGCCACCUCCCUCAACUGACCAGCCACCUCCGGCGGGAGAGAAAAAGCACAGUGGAGAGAGUGAGUGA